AUGGGGUUGACUUUCUGGCGACCCUUGCUCGGGCGAGGUCCAGCAUCAGCAUUAUCAUUAGCACUGGCAUCAGCACCAGCAUACACACGUCGAGCUGCAUACUCGACUACUCCACUCGCAGUCAGACUGCACGAUGAGCUCACAACGCGAAAGCUCCCACUAACCUACGACUACCUACACCCUCAACCCUCCCAUCUUCUCAACCUCACCCUCGCCGACCUACUAGCGCAAUCGCAAUCGCGAUCAGAUCCAAGCGAAACACAGACUCAUGCACAGACAGUCCCAGUUCCGGUCCUCCCUUCAAUCCAACGCCCCUCGCCGCUCCCGAUCGCCCACCACUUGAUCUAUUUCCCGCCCCAGGUAUCCCUGUCACAAUUACUUCCCGACGGCACCGAUAUCCUCCAUACCCCUGGCAAUCCAUUUAACCGACGGCUCUGGGCAGGUGGUAAUAUCCGAUUUCCGCGGCCAGACCCCCUUCUCGACGGGAGUCGGGCUGUUUGUAUCGAAUCGAUCCGCAAUGUGACCGUCAAGGGACGCGAGGGGGAGGAGAAGGUGAUUGUCACUAUUGAACGACGGGUGGGCACAGUACCCGAGGACGAAGAGGAGGCGGAGAGUUGGCGGCGCAUUUGGUCGGAAGAUGAGACUUUGCCUGGGGAGUCGAGUCUUAUUGAGAAUCGAGAUUUGAUCUUUAUGCGGGUUAAGAGUGCGGAUGAGAUUCGGGCGGACCGGGAGUCGUUUGGGAGGCCUGGUCGGAUUGUCAAAUCGCCAUCUAAUGCAACAUUCCGCCAUUCAAUUCUCCCGACGAAAGCCCUCCUCUUCCGAUUCUCGGCACUAACAUUCAACGCGCACUCGAUACAUCUCGACAAGGACUAUACGCAGAAUCAAGAAGGCGUGCUGCAGCGCCAACUUAAACAAGUUAACCUCCAAGUCAGCGAUUUCGAAUACAAGAAUCUGGCGCCUCUUUUUGUAGAGGAAGAGUUGACUGUCUGUGGUAAGCCUAAGAAUGAGAAUGGGGCUUGGGAUGUUUGGAUUGAGGGUCCUGAUGGUGGGUUGGCUGUGAGGGGGACGGCGAGGACGUGUGGGAUAGCAUGA